AUGUCUGGAUUGGGAGCACUGACGAAAGAGAGUUCACUGGUGUCACUACACUAUCCAAUGCUCACGAGGAGCAACUACGCAACAUGGGCGAUCAAGAUGAAUGUUUUCAUACGUGCACAAGGCAUUUGGGACGCUGUCGAGCACGAUGAUCCGAAGGAAAAGGUGGACAUGAAGAAGGAUCAGAUAGCGCUUGCCGCCAUCUAUCAAGGCAUCCCAGAGGAGACGCUGCAGGCAGUAUCCGAGAAGGAAACUUCCAAUGAGGCAUGGGAGUGCAUCAAGGUGAUGUACCUAGGUGCCAAAUGUGUCGAGGAUGCUCGUGUUCAAACCCUUAGAGAAGAGCUAGAUGGCUUGCGGAUGAAGAGCACGGAGUCGGUCGAUGACUUCGUAAUGAAGAUUGUCACUUCAAUCGAGCAAUUCGAUGACCUCGAGACCAUGACAGUCGAGGAGGUCUUCGACAGGCUCCAGGCAUACGAAGAAAGGUUGCGUGGCAAUGUCAACGACAUCCACAUCAAUGCGGAGCAUUUUUUGCUCACUCGAGAACAAUGGAGAGUUAAGGUUAAGAAGAAUGGUGGUGAAGGCUCCUCCAACAGUGGUGGACAAGGCAACAAGAAUUGGAAAUUUGACAAGGCUAAAGUGAGGUGCUACAAGUGCAAAGAUUAUGGGCACUACCAAUGGGAAUGCGAGGAGUCGAAGAAACAGGAGAAGGCAUUGUUCAUGGCUGCAGAGAAGGAUGACCACCCAGCACUGCUCUAA